AUGGGACAGACGUAGGGGAUCCAUGUUUACCAAGUUUAGAUACUUGUAUUGAUGAUAAUGCUGGAUGUAAUGGUACAGUGUGUGAUUGCAAUGAUGGGUAUCAUUGGAAUGGAUCAAUAUGUUUAGGAGAAAAUACAUGUGACCCAUGUGACCCGUUAUCAUCAACAUGUAGAUCGGAUCUAGAGUGCAGCUCGAGCACAUAUAGAUGUGAAUGUCCCACGGGUGAAGUACAGAUUGGUGAUGAGUGCUAUGGAACACGUGUCGGAGAGGACUGUACACAAAGCACAGACACAUGCAUUGAUGACUUUGCUGCCUGCAAUGGUACAAUAUGUAACUGUCUACCAGGAUACCAUUGGAACGGGACAAGAUGCAAUGGAGAAGAUUUAUGUAACCCUUGUGAUCCUGAUGACAACACAUGUUCUGACGAUCUUGUUUGCAAUCCGAGUACAUACAGAUGUGAGUGCCCACCAGAUGAAGUUCAAAUUGAAGGCGAAUGCUAUGGUACACGUGUUACGGAGUUGUGCACGACAAAUCUUGACACGUGCAUCGACAAUAACGCUCAUUGCAACGGUACGGUUUGUGACUGUAUUGCUGGAUUUUCGUGGAAUGGGACACAUUGUGUUGGACCAGAUCUUUGUGAUCCAUGUGACCCUGCAGCAUCCACGUGUGAUGAACCUUUGGAAUGCAGUGCCACAACAUAUAGAUGUGAAUGUCCUGCAGGUUUUGUUCAAAUCGAAGAUGAAUGCUAUGGAAGAUUGGUUGGUGAAUCUUGCACGACUGAGGUAUCCACGUGCAUUGACGACAACGCCGUGUGCAAUGGUACAACAUGUGUCUGCAUAA